GUGCUAAGUACUGAGUGGAGGAGAGAGAUGGAGGCAGACGCUGCAAGGGAAAAAAAAAGUCUGAUUAAAAAGGGCCCUUUCAUUCCACAGGCACAAAAAUCCACAGCCAGGAAUUUGCUACCACCUCUGAGUCAGGCAGGGGGUGGGGGUGGGGUACACAAUCCCAUUAGUAGAGAAUGUGCAGUGGGUUUAGUCUGUGAGAGUCACAUUUCUUAUUUGGACCAGUGUAGACAGGAGUAAACCCAGCUCACUUGUUUCCUGGGACAGCUAAGGGAUGGCUUUCGCAGAGCAUUCACCGCUGACCCCUCACCGUCGGGACCUCUGUAGCCGCUCUAUCUGGCUAGCAAGGAAGAUUCGUUCAGACCUGACUGCUCUUACGGAAUCUUAUGUGAAGCAUCAGGGCCUGAACGAGAACAUCAACCUGGAUUCUGUGGAUGGGGUGCCAGUGGCAAGCACUGAUCAGUGGAGUGAGCUGACCGAGGCAGAGCGACUCCAAGAGAACCUUCAAGCUUAUCGUACCUUCCAUGUUUUGUUGGCCAGGCUUUUAGAAGACCAGCAGGUGCAUUUUACCCCAACCAAAGGUGACUUCCAUCAAGCUAUACAUACCCUUCUUCUCCAAGUUGCUGCCUUUGCAUACCAGAUAGAGGAGUUAAUGAUACUCCUGGAAUACAAGAUUCCCCGCAAUGAGGCUGAUGGGAUGCCUUUUAGUUUUGGAGAUGGUGGUCUCUUUGAGAAGAAGCUGUGGGGCCUAAAGGUGCUGCAGGAGCUUUCACAGUGGACAGUGAGGUCCAUCCAUGACCUUCGUGUCAUUUCUUCUCAUCAGACUGGGAUCCCAGCACGUGGGAGCCAUUAUAUUGCUAACAACAAGAAUGUGUAGCAGCCCCUUCUCCCUUGCUUUCUCUUCUAAUGGAGUACAGAUAGUUACCUGGGGCUUCGCUUUCGCAUCUUAAAUUUCUGAAAACGAUUAAGACUACAGGCACUUUCUUUCUUUCUUCUCUGACCACCUGCAGCCUGUUGAAGGACUACAGGCAUUUUCAUCAAGUAACAUUGGAGACAUACACAAAUGGGCAUACAAGUUUAGCCUGGGGGGUGUGAUUGUGUGCACGCGUGCACGUGCUACAGGUGUAAGAGUGGGAGCAGGGACAACGUCCUUCCACUUCAGGGUUCUAAUCUUUCUAACCCUCUAAGUAACCUCUACAGGCAUUUAACAGCCUUACAGACAGAAUAUACAUAUGUUAAUUCUAGUUCUGGAUGACUCGGUCUGAGAAGAUUCAAUUUAAAAUCAGACUCUUUAGUCGAUUUAAACUCUUAAGAGAAUAAAAAUAAUAAUGGCUAACUUUUAUUAUCUACUAUAUUGAGGCAAUAUGCCAAGGGUCUUUAUGUAUAUUAUGUACAGCUUUUACAACCUUGUGAACAAGGUGGUGGUGCUCCCAUUCAGUAGAUGAGAAAACAGGCUCACAGAGAUUUGGUUAAGCUCACACAACUAACAAGUGGCACACAGAGUUUGAACACAGAUCAUUCUUGUAAAGCCUAUGUGCCUUGCACUUUAGAGGCUUGGUGAUGAAUCACUGCACCUCUUUGUCACAGGGUGUUGGAAGAUGCAUCCAUGUAAUCUGUUCCCGUCGCUGGAAAACAGCUGCCAUUAGAUGUCCUCAGAAGUCAGUUGCGAAUUUUAGCGUUAAAAGUCAGGAUUUGUUUUUCAUACUUGGCAGUGAAGAGGGCAGCUGGAGAUCUUAAGAUUCCAUUUUGGAAAAUGAUUAGGCCCACCACACUUCUGAACUUUGGAAGCUGGGGAUGUUUAGUAAUACAGCCUGAUUUUAAAGUGCUCACUAAAUGUUCUCGAAUAUUGGGUUGGGCACAGCUUAUACCAGGUUACCUCACUUUUAAUUAGUGACGCAGGCAGUGUAACCCAAGCAUUUGUGAACAAUGAGUGGAAUACUAAAGUUAAAAAGUCAUCAAACUUUCACCUCAAAUUAUCUGGACUUAGUCAUGAGGAGAGGGUGAGGCCCACUCUGUUCCUACUGGAGAUACCAGAGACUCUGAAACUAUACAGUAAAGCUUCUGUGCUG